AUGACUUUUGUCAGUAUCCCCAAAUCGACUCCCAGCCAGCCCACUCGCCCAAAGUUUCACCACCAAUACACGAAUGAUCGAAUCCGUGAAGGCUCGGGAAGACCUCCCUCAUUCUCAAUGAUGGGAAAAAUCAGAAAAGACCGGAAAUCCAUAUUCAAGGAGCUGGGGCUGGAAACGGACGAGCCCAUGACGACAAGCCCGAGCGAGAAGGAGUUUGGCGAAAUCACGGGGCUGCCGUCGCCAAUUACCCCCGGUACGCCUGGUCCGCCUCGCACGCCUGACCUGAGCCGCGACGGCGGCAGUGAGGACGGCAGGAGGGAGAAUGGAAAUCCCUCUGAAGACGGACGGUGGCAGGCCGAGGCAGAGACCGAGAUCGAGUCACCAAGCACACCAACCUCCGAAUCCUCGCAAAAGCCGUGGUAUACAAAGCUGAGCCCAGGCCGCCGGCCACGGGUCAGGACAGCCUCGAGUGCGCCGCCUACUAGCUUUUCUACCAUCUCGAGAAUAUCAACAAUUGCUCUCCUGAUUGCCGUCGUGAUCCCAGGAUUUAGCUACUAUAACGGAGACCAAAAGGUUUCGCCAAACGGCGCAGACGCCGGUGUCAUCUACAACAGACCCAGAGGCUUUGGUCCGGUUCUCGAACCUCGGGGAGAUAGCCCGACAAAGGUCUGCAAACGCUGGGGACAACAGAGUGCACAUCUUAACGGAACCCUCUACCUUUAUGGUGGCCAGGUAAAGACUACUGAGGAUCAGACCAUAGACACUUGGAACAGCGACUUUCUUGCCAUCGACCUCACCAAAUCGUGGGAUAUAAGCUCCCCGGCAAUACGCGGCCUGCCCCAGCCCUCGGGCCCACCCGCCGUCUCGCUGGGAUAUCUUUGGAACGACUACAACAGUCUCUAUCUCUACGGUGGCGAGUUUGCUGACAACCCCUUUGUCGAGCCUGCCCCCGUUUCUACUUGGAGAUACUCCAUUGCCGACGCAAAAUGGAUCGAAUACACAUCCCCCAAAACCUCAGCCGGCAAUAGUUCAGACGGCGGGGGCCAGCCCGUGCAGAGAGCCGCCGAGGGAGCUGGAAUUUCAGUGCCUGAGCUGGGUCUCAGCUUUUACUUUGGUGGCCACCUGGACCUGUCUACUACCCCUGGGUGGUCGAACCAGAUUGCUCGUGUCUACCUAAAGAGCCUCCUCGAGUUCACGCACCCAGGCUUCACCAACAAUGGAGUCUACUCGCUGGCCAGCGGGUCAGGAGCAGGCGAAGACGGUGUCUAUAGGAAUAUCACCGAGGGCGGUCUGCAAACUGACUCGGGUUUCUCCGAACGAGCUGAUGGCGUCCUGGUCUUUGUCCCAGGCUGGGGCGAUCUGGGAGUUCUUAUUGGCUUGGCAGGCGGUACCGCGGACACGUUCACAAACGAUCUUUCGACUCUCGACGUCUACGACAUAGCAAGCUCGAAAUGGUAUCACCAGCAGACGACUGGAACACCCCCAGAGGUUCGAGUCAACCCCUGCGCGGUGAUUGCCUCAGCCCCAGAUGCCUCGAGUUUCCAAAUAUUUCUGUACGGAGGACAAAACCUACAACCCUAUAAAGAGCAGAUCCAGUACUCUGACAUGUUUAUCUUGUCCAUCCCAUCCUUUACCUGGAUAAAGGUAGACCAAUCAGGCAACAACAUGCCAGCCGCAAGGGCAGGCCAUUCAUGCCAAUUACGCGACGGCCAAGUCGUCGUAGUGGGUGGCUACAUCGGCACGUCUCCGGCGUGCGAAUCGCCUGGAAUUUACGUGUUCAACGCCUCUUCGCUAGCGUGGGAAUCUAAGUUCACCGCGCUCAGCCACUCGGGCGACUUAGACCCAGAGAACUCGGUCCUGGGAAACUCGUAUGGGUACCAGGUGCCAGCCGUCGUUGCCAGCGUGAUUGGAGGAGGUAGCACAGGCGGAGCUACGGCCACUACACCUGCCGCGGGGCCGGCGACAGGCGGCCCCUUCGCCACAGGCAAAUCACCUGUAUUUACUGUCACAGCUUCAGGAAGUACCGCAACCGUCACCCAGUGGGAGCCGGGCGCCACUGCGACGCGGGGGCCCAGUGGCGGGGGAUCUAGCACCGGAGGGGGAGGCGAAGGAGGUAGUAACGUAGACGGAGGAAGCGGCAUGUCGGAUAACCGCCGUGCCUCUUUGAUCGCUGCAGGAAUCAUUGCCGCACUGGCGGGCCUCGCAGCUGUGUACCUGGGCUACUGCGCGUGGCUUUACCGCCGCCAAGUCCGCGCCUAUAAGAGCCAUCUGGCCGUCGCGAACCGUUACAGCCCCGCGGCGGCGUCGGCGAGCGGACUCAGCGGCGGGCUGGCUGCAUUUUUCGGCCGCAAGGGAAGCAAGAAGAGCACCAUGAGUGGCAAUAACGGCGACGGGGUCUUUACCGGGGCAGCAAUAGGGGCUUCCAGCAGACACGACGACGACGAUGACUACAUUGACGAGAAACAGCUGCCGCGCGGCCGCUCCGGUUACCACUGGCGCGAUCUGUCGAGCGCCAGCACGGCAGAUUCAAUUGGCUUCUACGGCGGCAUACCGCCCACCGAGCCCAAAAUGCUGUUCGACGACCAGCCCACCCCGGAAAGCGGCGUCAGUGGCCACACCAGCAGCGCCGCGGCCGUGUCCUCCUCGCGUCACACGCGCCAUUCUUUCGAUCCGGCGUACCCUGUGCGGCCCACAGCGUGGUGGCCUGGUGCCGGCGGAGAUGGCGUAAGGGGCAGCAGCAGUGGCACCGGCACCACGCCUGCGAGUGGCAGCGGCCUUGGCGGAGUGGCAGGAACAGCAGCAGUUCGAGGACGUCAACCUAGGCGCAGCAUGAGCGCUAGCGGCGGGUCGACGUCGUCGACCGAGCAGUUGAUCGACGGGCAGGAACCGAGCUUCUUUAGCGUCGUCCUGAGCCCGAGGCGGGCAUUGCGCGUGGUCAAUGGGCUCGAGAACGAACACGACGGAGCAGGGAAUCAAUAA